AUGUCCACUGGUCCGCCCAGGAAAUUAGCGAAAGUGUCAAACGUUAAUAAUAAUAAUAAUAAUAAUAACAAUUUGUCACCUUCCGCACGCAACAAACAGUUAUCUUCAGACGAUUUAAACAAUCGUAAUGAGCAAGUUUUAACAAAAGGAGAACACUUCAACAAGAAAUCGAAGGAAAAUUUCAAUUGCGAUAGAACGCUCACAAGCUUAUCGAUGCAGCAAAACACAGUACUAAUUGAUCUGCACAAACAGUUAGGUGAACUGGAGGGGAGAUACAACACACAUAUGCAAGAACUAGAAAUUCUCACGAAAAUGAAGAAAAAACUGAAACUACGAGAGAGCAAGUGUAAAAAAUUGACUGAUGAAAUACAAAAAGAACGACUACAAAAAAUUGAACAAAUCGAACAGGAGAGAAAAACACUAUACCAGUGGCAAUUAACGCAAAUCAAUAUUGAAAUGAUAAAAUUUUGCACAAAUUUGAACAUUAAUACAUCAGACAAACAAUACAAUACAAAUUACGAAAGUGUUGCGUCUCAUCUUUUGACAUCACAUCCAUCGACGGCGAAUGCG